CAAUUUCCAUUGUUGCGCAACUUGGGUAUAUAUGGGCUUUGAUUAGGAGUAGCCACAAGAGGCUGUAAUUCGCCAUGUGGUUGAGCGGUCUAAUCAGCUUCCAAUCUAAAAUCCUAAUGCACUUCAAACAUUUGAUUUUACGUGUAGGAAUUUUCUGCGAUUCUGUCAGCUCCAAUUUCGUGAUUUUCUGCAAACUUUACAGAGGUAGUCUUAUACCGGUAGUUUUAUUUAAGAAUGACAACAUGGUACCGUACCGGUACCAUAUGUUACCUGUUAUUUAUCGGUACCGUACCAUGCUGCCAGUACCGGUACCGGUAACAGUAUAAUGUCUGACCUGCAGCUGCAUCUGCAGGUACCGUAGGUCUGUACCGUACCGUACCGUAGGUGGUAGAGAUUUACCUAGAAUUAUUUCAGACUUUUUCAUUGAAUACCGUACAAACAGAAUGCACUGAAUUCAGCAAUUUCACUGGGACCGUACGGUAACUAUUUAGGAAUUGCUUUAUUCAGUUAUUGGAAAAACAUACGGUAUAUACAGGUCUGCAGGUAGACUAGUCUAGUCAAUAAUCUGAACUUGAUGAGAAAACGACAGUACAGCAGUAUUCUGUUAUCUGGUUAUUGGAUCCCAAUACUGCAAUAAGACUUUUAAUAUAUAAAGUACCGUACGUCGGAAUACAUUGCCCAUCUACUGCAGUAGACUACUACUGUACUAGUCUAUAACAACAAAUGGCAACAAUUAGACCUCUGUUUAAGUCUGGCAAGAUUGUACAAAAUUUACUUAUUCGAACAAUAUCAUCGUCACCAUGGUAUGCAAUAGAACCAGCUACAAAAGACCAUUCUCCUUCUGAAGGAAAAAGUAAUAAACAGAUUCUUUUGAAGCUUCGUAAAGACACCGGGUUUCCUUUAGCAAAAUGCAAACAGACUUUGCUGAAAAAUGACUACAACUAUGAACAGGCACUGGAAGAAAUGAAUGAGAAUGCUCUUAAAGAGGGAUGGAGUAAAAUGUCCAUGUUAAGCGGUCGAGACACAAGCCAGGGCCUUGUAGCAGCUCAAAGAACUGGGAAAUAUGCGACCUUAUUGGAGGUAAACUGUGAGAGUGAUUUUGUUGCAAAAACAUCAGAAUUCCAAAGUUUUGUUGCUGUUGUUACACGAGCAAUUAUUGAUAAUUUAUCAAAAGAUGCACAGGAACAUGUGGAAUUGGAAUCGAAAGAAAUUCUUGCAUUGCCUGUCACAAUGAAAUCCCAGAAUAUUAGUGAUGUUCUUGCUGCAACGAUUGGAAAAUUGAAAGAAAACAUAAGGGUGUCUAAAGCCCUAUUUUCUUGUGUUGAUGAAUCUAACAAUGAAUUCAUUGGAGUUUAUACUCACCCAGAUCUACAGACGCCUGUCAAAGGCGGAAAGUUACCACUCAUGGGUCGAUAUGCAGCUUUAGUAAAAAUGAAAACAAGGUCUCAAGAACCACAGCGGACAUUAUGGUUGCAAAGCAAAGCAAGAGACUUAGCACAACAUAUUGUUGGGAUGAACCCAAGUUGUAUUGGAAGCAGAACAAAUGCACCCAUCGUGGGAGUUGACAGCGUAGGUCCAAUUGUAGAAUCUGAUGCUAGUGACUCUGUGGAAAGAAACGAAGAAGAUAAACCAUUAUCACAAUUGGAAGAUGAAGAAAUAGAUUUAGAAGAACAAUAUUUUAAUAAUGAAUUACCUACCAAUUUCAUCGAUUCUGACCAACUCUUACAUCAACCAUUUCUCCUGGACCCAAACAUCACUGUUCAGAAUUGGUUGGAUAUCCACAACUUAGAAGUUUUGUAUUUUAUUCGUUAUCGGCUUGGAAGUGAUAAUGUCUGAUUUCGAUAGUAAUUUUCAAUGUUCAGUCAUAUGUAAACAAUAUGUUAACUAUCACUGCA